AUGGCACCCGUCUACGCUGAUCACCCCUUCCCUCUUGUCCCAACUCCAAAUUACAGACUUAAAAAGGAUGGCAAGAAGCCUGACGAUUUCGAUAACUGCGCAUCCAUGAUGGGCGUUAUUCACAACACGAUACUGUUGGGCCUUAAUUCAAUUUAUCUACAGGCUCCAAACAUCACAGCCAAGGACCAGAAGGCAUUCUGCGCCUAUAUCCUGAAAUGGCACGAAUUUCUCGAUCUCCAUCACAAGAAUGAAGAGCUCGAAUUCUUCCCCACUGUUGAAAAGCUAGCUGGUGAGAAGGGGAUAAUGGAACCCAAUGUCGAACAGCACCACAAGUUUGAACCGGGUAUUCAUUCAUUCAUUUGCUAUGUCAAAGACUGCCAAAAUGACAAGGAAAGUUAUGAUGGAGACAAAAUUUCCAAAAUGAUUGAUGAAUUUGGGAACACUCUUGCCGGUCACCUGGCAGACGAAAUUCCAACGCUGCUGAGCCUCAAGAAGUACGGUGAUAAGAUGGACACAUUAUCGAAGGUGUUUGACGAGGAAGGUGCGAAAUCAAUGAAAGCGAUGGGCCUGGGUGGUUUGUGCUUCUUUUUCGCCAACCAGGAUCUUCACUAUGAGGAGGAUCUCUAUGCCGAUUUUCCACCUGCGCCGGGCCUCAUCAAAUUCCUCUGCCGCAACGUCGUUUGGUGGAACAACACUGAAUUGUACAAGUUCUCUUCCUGCGACCGCCUCGGUAAUCUGAGACCCUUGUAUGCGGCACAAUGA